AUGAGGCGACUGUCGAUUUCCAGCUUCAUAAUUAGUUUGAAUCAGCGUUGCAAACUAAAGCCUGAUAGUACCGAUAGUGAUCUCCAGAGCCUCGGUCAACAGCUGUCGCAAGGAUAUGUGCAGGAACCACCAAAACCAUGCGUCGGUGGUGCGGAAGUGUGUGGCUACCCGCCUCCAGGCCCUCCCACGCCUAAGCCGUGCGUCGGUGGUCCGGAAGUGUGUGGCUACCCGUCUGUAAAGCCUCCCUGCCCGUGGCCCGGUGGAGAAAAAAAGAUCACAAAAACGGUGUAUAAUACCAUCACCGUUACGGAGACGGAAUCCGUGUGUGAACCGACCAACAUGCCGCCAAACUUCUACCUGCCGGUGAUUUCAGAAACACAUACCUGCACUUUCACGCCACCAGCGGAGACGAUUACCACGACGCUGCCUGCAACGACAACCAUCAGCACCUCCCGUGUACCACCCGUUACGAUCACUACAUCGACAACACCAACGACGACCAUCAUCAGCACCCUAACGCCCUACUCGACAACCAGUCGAAACAUAACGCCGACAUACAUAUACUAUUCCACCAUUAGCACUACAGUGACGGUCAGCAGGACAAUCACACCAAUUUCUACAAUCCUGUCGACGUUACCUCUAAAGACGACCAAUGUCACCGUAACGCCAACUUCAACUUCUAUCAUUACCGAAUCACCUGUAACCACAACCACACCAUUCACACCGACGUCCACUAAUCUCUUCUACGCACCAACGACUACAGUCAAUCGAACCGUUACACCGACGUCUGUGAGCUACAUCUACCACCCUACGGUCACGAUCUCUCGAAACGUAACACCGACGUUCGUCAACACGAACUAUUUCCCUGAGACGACAACGAAUCGCACUGUAACACCUACCUACACCUCUUCCAUUUACUACGAUACUCAACAUACCACCACAAACCUUACGUCGACCUCUACUCAACUGAUCUAUGCUGAUACAGUCACCACCAGUCGGACGGUUACACCGACUUCUAUCGUCCUUGUAACGCUGAACAGUACUCUAACGCAAAGGCGCACCAUUACGCCAACCUAUCUAGUAAAGCUGACGGCCAAUACUACCGUAACCGUAAAGAGUACUGUUACACCAAGGAAUGUCUUCAAGGAAACGGCAGCGACGAUAAACGUCACCCGAACUUCCAAGCCCUUCGUUGUCAGCACGGAAACUGCUACAAUCACCUCAACGGUCACGCAAACGUUUAGACCGCCACCCUCGGAAAGUAUCACCAGCACCAAAACAACUACUAAAACCGUCACAAUUACGCCACCGCUAGAUCCUCCGGCGACCAGUUACACCACCGUUAGCACGUCCUAUUGCCGACCGCCUACUGUCUACCUUCCGGUUACAGACACGCCGGCGAAGACCGUUACGAAAACGGAAUUGUACGUCCACACUAAGAUCCUUUGCACGCCCACCGGGCUCUACCUACCCGUACAGCAGACCGUGGCCGCCAAUUCGUUUUCUCCCGCGUACGCCAACGUCCCCGAGCUGAAAAGAUUUGUGCUCCCACCGCAGGCUCAAGAACGUAACGAUCUGGACUGGAACGCCUAA